AUGGAUGGACAAACAAAUCGCGUUAAAAUUACGGGUUUUGGAUCGAGCAUCACUGUUGGUGAUUUAUCAAAAAAAUUUGAAGUAUCACAACAUCGAAUAACAUUUACUAAAUCUCAAACACAAUCAUCUAAGUGGUAUGCAUUCAUCGAUGGGUUUGAAAGUUAUCGACAAGCAAACAAUUUUGUCUCGAAAUGGAGCACAAUUUUCACCGAUGCAGAAAUCAACUUAACAUGUGAAUUAGACACAGAUACAACGAAAUCAAGGAUGAAUGAGUUAACUUCAAAAAGAAAUUUUAAUUCGAAUAGAUCGAUUAACAGCCAUGAAUCGGAUGAUGAUACACCAAUGAAUCCCAAGGAUACAUCGAAAGGCGAUUAUCAGCGAGAUUUCGAUGAUUCAUAUUCCAAUCAACCAAAAACUAGCUCGAAACGUACAUCAUGCCGUCAUGGCGACAGUUGUUUUAGUGCAGACUGUCCAUACAAACACUCGCGAGACUGGCGUGCAUGCAAGAAUGGAACACGAUGUAACGACUAUACUUGUUCAGAUAAUCAUCCACCAAGUCGUAAAGGGAAGUGUCGCCAUGGAAACACAUGUCGAAAAGCUGAUUGUUUGUAUUUGCAUCCCAUUGCAAACAAAUCUAAGCAUCCCGAUCAGAAUGAUAGUCAGCGCGUGCGUCAUUAUUCUUCGGAUUCAUCUGACCAAUCAGAAACAUAUCGUCAAGAACAGUCGCAUUCCAAACGUUCAUAUUCUAAUCAGCAAUCGAACGAGGAUGAUUUCGGCAAGGAAUCAUUGAAGAAUACAGAGAAAAUUCAUUCUAAAGAAAAUCGCCACUUAAAAUCAAUUGAUGUCCGCAUGGUCGAACGAAAAGCAGCUGAUCUACCAAUUUUUGCAUCACGAACAAAAUUCUGUGAACGACUUCAACAAGACAAAUUACUUUUGGUUAUGACCGAUACAGAAAGUGACGCGAGCACUCAAUUACCACAAUACGUUGCUGAAUGUUUUCCUGAUGAUCUAAUUGUAUGCGUAGAACAGCAUUCAAUUGCAGCUAGAACAUUUGCUCAUCGAGUUGCUGACGAAUACGAUGGCACAGAGGAAGGCGAUUCUAUUGGCUAUCUAAUUGGAGCCACUAAUCGUCAGAAGAGGGAAUGUGUAACCGGUCAGAAUAUAAUGUAUAUGACGGAUACAGCACUGAUUCAUGAAUUUCAAACAGAUUCAAAUUUGAAUCUAAUACGUGUACUGAUCAUUGAUAACGUGCAUGAGCGUUCAUUAAAUAUAGACAUUGUCAUGGGCAUUGCUAAAUUAUUGUUAUCCAAACGGAAAAUUGACUUUUACGUUGUUCUAAUUGCUUCGAUCCAUAUUGAUUCUGUGCCAUUUUUGAAUUUUUUUCAUCAUUCAUCGAGUCGACCACUGAUUAUCAAAAGUCAUACGUAUAAAGUAGCCGUUGAAAAUCAACCACCACCUAUCGACUGUCCAGAAUAUAAAUUAAUCGAAGCGCAUGUAAUACCAACUUUAUAUCGUCUAUAUUCGAAACAUGACGGGCAUACAUUGAUAUUCUUAUCUGGUCAACGUGAUAUUGAAAAAGCGCUGCAAAUAUUCAAUAGUAACAUUCCAAAUGGAUGUGUAGCAUUACCUUUCUAUGGAUCAUUAUCACCCGAAGAACAAAAUCAAGUACUUGAAUUCGAUCGACGACAGCCAAAUAAACGGAUGGUUGUUUUUUGUACGAAUAUUCUUGAAUCAUCAUUCACACUAAAAGAUGUUCAACUGGUGAUUGACACUGGUCUAGUACGGGAGCUUCGUUUUGAUAGUCAUAAUCAUUUAAAUAUUCUUGAAACAGUACGGAUUUCAAGAUUUUCCGCCGAUCAACGCCGAGAUAGAGUGAGCCAUGGAAAAAAUGGUCAUUGUGCUCGCCUUUAUAAUGAUGAUGAAUUAAAAGAAGAAAAUAUUGUACCUGAAAUUCUUUACGUUCCACUCGAUCUAGUGAUUCUUCAAUUGAAAUGCCUACAUCUCGAUAUACAUACAUUUCCUUUUAUGACUAAACCAGAUUCAGGUUCACUACGUAGUUCACUUGAUUGUUUAACAACUUUGAUGUGCAUCGACAAAGAAGAAAAACUAACACGACGUGGUGAACUUUCUGCUGCAUUAUCACUUAGUCCUCGGUUCAGUGCAUUCAUGAUCAAUAUUUAUAUAGAACAUAAAGACAAUCGAGAUUUGCUUUCGCGUGUUGCUGCUAUUGUUGCCAUAUUAUCGAUUCCCACUUCUCUCUUUUUAAUCAAUGACACUACAAAUGAUUUCAACGACAAUAUCUGUCAUAGUACGAUGGCCGAUGCAGACGAAUAUAAUAGUGAUUUAUUCAAUCUUUGCAAAGUGUUCAAUGAUUGGCGAACAAAAGGUACCAUCAAUCGAACAACUCAUAAAUGUAUCACUUGUAAUAAAUCAUAUCAAGAUAGUUCCGAAACUUGUCAAUCGUGCCGAAAAAAGCAUUCGUUUAUGAAUAAACUUAACAAUCAAGUUCUUCAGUUAGUCGAAAAUUCCAUCAAAUUUUACAUUGACACUAUAACUGAUUCUCGCUGGAAGUUAACAACAAGAAGUAAAACUGACAAUAAAAAAUCGAGUAAUGGAGAUAUUAUCGGAGAGCAUCUUCAAAAACUGUUUCCUGAUCAUAUCGGCCAUCUUCUCGUGUCCCAUUUACCAGAUGAAGGUAUCCGUUUGAUCGCAUGUAAUCUACGUGCAAUUAUAGACAACAGAAGUAUAUAUGUUCAACGAGCACAUGAUGACAAACGAAAAUAUUUCGUAGCUAUGUUAAUUGCGCGUUCACUUUCAGGAAAGUAUAUCGUUAAUGGACUUCAUCAAAUAUCAACAGAUCAACUUCCCGAAUCGUCCAUAGAACAAUUAAUUGUACGAGAAAAUAUUGGUAGGUCAGUGAACAAGGAAAUUAGAAUUGUAUUCAAUAGUAUUCGCUUAGAAUCGUGGGCAAAAUGGCUUUCGUAUGAGUAUGACCCAAAUUCGUGUCGUUUAACUAUUUGGGGUCUUAAAACAGAACGUUCUCAGCUAGAAUCGAUUUUACAGCCAAUUUUAACAAGUACUCAUUACAAAACAAUUGAAUUUGGUUCGAUACGAGCAACAUUUCAAAAUGGUCUAAUUUGUUCCGCUAUGGAGUUGAUCGCAGACGCUCUUCGACUUCAUCUGCAACGAGUACCGUGUAAAACUUACGAAAAACUACAACAGUGGUUGAAAGUAAAACUCGAUCUUAAUCGACAUGAUAUCAAAGAGAAUAACUUUCAAGAGUCUAAAUCACAUGGAAGUAGUGAUGACGACGACAAUGAUGAUGAUUAUGAAGCACCCCCUUUUUAUAUUUUACUAAAAUCAACAGAUGCUUUUCAGAAAGCAGCGGCACGUUUACCAUCUCAUUAUCUAUGUCCGCAAGCAGUUUUAUCGUCGUCCACAACUGGUACACAUAUGAAUGAGAAGGAUGCAUGGGGUCGUCACUUAACCCUGACCAUUCCACAAGAUAGUAAAUUUAUGACUGAUAAAGAAAUUCUAAAUCAUCUAGUUCCACAUGCAAUCGAUUGUCGACAAUACGGUAAGAGAAGUAUCAAAGCAUACCCUGCCAUUCAAAUAGUCAAUCUACCACGCGAUGCUAAUGAAACAUUCAUACGCCAAAUUUUACAACCAGUCAAUCCGAUAAAAAUUAGUCUACGACAUACACACACAGAUGGUACAGGUUCAUCAUCAGCACAUAUAUUUUUUGCUGAAAAGAAUGCACGCCAACAAGCUAUUGACAAUCUUCAAUCAGACUUUUGUCAAAACCCUAUUCAAAUUACUGUUCGAAAUGGAACAAGUCAUAAACUUGUAAAGAAACAAGUCGUACCGAUUCUUACGGAAUUAGAAAGUAAAAAUUCAGAAACAAGCACAUUUCUGAUAACAGCAACUAAUCGUGAAUCUGCGCUUCAAAUUUAUAAAGAAAUCAUUCCAAAUCUAGAGCCAUCAUGGCAAAUUGAUGGCUCAGCAACAGUAACCGUAACGCAUCCUCAUUUGUAUCCUGAUUUCGAUACACUCAUUCAACAAAUAGCCACUAAAUUCGAAGUUCAAGUUCAACAGCAAGCACUAACUCAAAAACAACAUAAAGGUCAUGCGAGUAUUCGUUGUUAUUUUAAUCAUGGUACUCCACAAAAAACGGCACUAGCAGCAGCAACACUUGCACAAGCUACAUCACCAAUUAUUAUCAAAAUGAUAAAUCAUCGGCAGGCGCAACUGUUCGAUGAACUUUUUUCCAAAGGGAUUAUUCAAGAUUGGUCGAAUAAAUUGAAACUUGAAGUAAUGAAGAAAGAAAAAUCUAGUACAUGGGUCGAAGUUUGUGGUCCUCAAGUUCAACAAGGUCAAUUGAUGCGUCAAAUUGCCGAUUAUUCCGAUACGUUUGAUGAACGAUUUCGUGUUCUUGAAUUAAAUUCAACGACGGCUAACUUCUUUGGACGAAAAAAACUAGCCGAUAGCCAACUUCAGGCAACUGCUGAUCAAUGGAUUAAUUGGGGCUGUCAUGUAAGUUACAUAUCAAAGACAAAAUCGAUUGUGAUCUAUGCAGAACCUGAAACACAACAAAAAUUAAUUGAUUCGUGUGAAACUGAUGUCAAACAUAUUUUAAAUAAAAUUUCAACUGAUAGCGGUACUACUCGUAAUCAAAAGAAAUGUGUAUUUUGUGAUAAAACAUCGUAUUCAACCAAUACAUUACGUGCGUGCGGUCAUGCCUACUGUCAAUGUGCUUCAACUUAUUUGCUAGACACAUAUCCAUUGCAAUGUAACGAAUCGAAAUGUAAAAUGAACAUUGACAUGGAUGAUCUAUUCGAAAUCUUCCGCGAACGAGAAAAACUUAUGCGCGCAUGCAAAAAAUCACUUCAAAUCUAUUUGAAAACUGAUUCGAGCCUGCAAGGUUAUUUAUUUUGUCCGAAUCCAUCUUGUGAAGGUCUCAUUAAAGCUAAUCGAGGCUAUCAAAUCUGUGUCACCUGUGGCCGAGAUGUUUGUCCUCUUUGUUCUUUGAUGGAUGAUGAAUUACAUCAAGGUAGAACAUGCGAUGAAAGAAAUAUGGUUCAUCGCAUGGGUGAUUUUCUACCCAAUCUAUUUAAGAAUGCAGAAACCUUCGCACGUGCCAAUUGGGCACCAGGAACGCCACCCAUCAUUCGUAUCGAUUAUAAUAUGUCUUUAGCGGAUCAGUGUCCAUCAAUGAAACGUUUCUACAAAGGAGUGGAGACUCUUGGCCAUUCUGUACCACCAGAUAUGGCACGAGGCUUUUUUACAUUUCACGGCACAGCACCAGCAUCCAUUAUACCAAUUUGUACCAAUGGGUUUGAUCCAGCUCGUCGUGCAGGACAAGCCUAUGGAGUAGGUGAAUAUUUUGGCGUCACUUCAGCCGUUUCACAUGGUUAUUCUUGUCGAGGAAGUGCACAGGGACCGUUUAGCAUGAUUAUAGCUUUUCUUCUGAGUUGUCCUCAGCUAAGUACACAUGCAGGCUUUUGUCAUGUGAUGAACAAUCCAAUCGACUGGUCGUGUGCCUUCAAUUUACCAGUGCUGGUUGUUUCUUAUGGUAAUCAAACUACUUGUCCAUCGCCAUUUUAG